CUACUAGUACUGUUUUGUUCCAUUCUAAUAAAAAUACUACAAUUGUAGGCUGCCCUUCGGCCUUAGGCCUUCUCUGAAAAAUGCCAUUAUUUUAGUGGCCACAUUGUUUGCUUUGCAAUAGUACACAGUCGACUAGUCACUCUUGCGAUAACAAUCAUGUAUUUUCCACCCAGUAGGCAGUAGUUAGUGUAGCGUGUUUGUCGAACUAGCAGAAAGGAAGCGAUAGCGUGGAUUCUUGUUCGAAUAUCGUGUAGCAGGAUUACUUUUAUAAAGAUCUUUGCGGUGAUAUGGCGGCAACCCUAGGUGCUUCACUAGCAGUCGCACUAGUAGUAAUAUUAGUAGCACCAAUUACUACUGCACGCGGCUCUGCUGCCGGUAAACAGAAGGAUGCUAGCGCCGUGCGGACAAAGUCACCGGAACGACCGGCAGGCGCGCUUUCGGAAGUAGUACAGCAUUUGCGCAUUGCGCGCCGCUCCACCAGCGCCCAGUGCACACAGCAGCCUCUGGUAUGCGUCAAGCCAGACGGCCAACCCGUGAUCGAACUGCAGUGCCCCGAGAUAACUGUGUCUGCGACCGCCAUAGAGCUGCUGCUCACUGUGAAUGGUGCCGACGUCACAAUUGGCACCAAGUACAGUGUUAUACCAAAUAGAAGUGUAUUCACAAUCGAGCGAAUUGAGCCAUUCCCCAUAACGGAACGUCUGCAGUUAAGCCAUACAAGUGGAUGCUGUCAGUACACUGUGCUGGUGGACACCGGACAAAAUGACUGUACAUUCAGCUUUGGUCUUGAAGCCGCUCCGAUGCCGCUAGUGGAAUUCAGUGCAGUCGAGAAAAAGACGGUCGAUCUUUUCAGCGUAGUGCGUCUGCCACCUGGCAUCGCCUUGAUCAACGUCACGGCAACACGCCUGCACACGGCAACCACGUCUGAUCUCUUGUCCAAUAGUGCGCAGUUUGUGUUCGAGAACUACACGAUACGCGCCCGCCACUUGUCCCUGAACGACAGCGGUGAAUACACAAUCAGUGUAUACACUUGUGAGGGGCAGCUAGGACAAAAUUCACUUUCGGUGACGGUUGCAGGGAAGUUGUAUCUUGUCGACUCCUCUCCGAGCACGCUAUUCCUGGACGAGCAGUCGGCCGGUUGUGUGUGGCUAUUCUGCACUGCGAAGACCAGUGAAUGGCCAUACAAUGCCGAAUGGUAUUGGCCAUUGACAAAUCUGACCGGUCAAUACAAUCUCAGCCGAGAAUUGAUCGAGCAUGAGAAUGGUUCUAUGCUAUACAACAGUACACUAUGUGUACCAUUCAAAGAUGUGCUGCAAAUCGCAGACUUGCCAAACUGUUCUGUGUCCUGUAGCAUUUACUCGACAGCCGCGAACAGUAUUUACAAAGAAGUUCACUUUGUGAGAAGACCAAGUGAGCCCACGAAACCAUCGCGGCGUCCAUCAAGCACACCGACAGCAGAAGAUCCGAGCUCCGAUGAGAAUAUUGGGGGCAACAAUGUUGGCCUUUACAUCGGUGUGGGGGUCACGGCAGCGUACCUUGGUGUGAUCUUCAUUGUCAUAACCUGCGAUUAUGUUCGUCGGAGACCGAAUACUCGCUCAGAUGUCAUUGCGUAUUUGGGAAACAUUUGCUGCUCCAGGAAUGAUCCCGUACCUCAGCCAUCAACUGAGCCAGGGCCGAGAUGCAGGUCGGUCAGCUCACAAGACCGACCAAGCGAGCAUUUUGAAUCUCAGAGGCCGAAUGGUGGUGGAAGCGAUGGUGUUGGAAGCAAUGGUGGUGGAAGCAAUGGUGGUGGAAGCAAUGGUGUUGGAAGCAAUGGCGUUGGAAGCAAUGGCGUUGGAAGCAGUGGUGUUGGAAGCAAUGGCGUUGGAAGCAAUGGUGUUGGAAGCAAUGGUGUUGGAAGCAAUGGCGUUGGAAGCAAUGGCGUUGGAAGCAGUGGUGUUGGAAGCAAUGGCGUUGGAAGCAAUGGUGUUGGAAGCAAUGGCGUUGGAAGCAAUGGCGUUGGAAGCAAUGGUGUUAGAAGCAAUGGUGUUGGAAGCAAUGGCGUUGGAAGCAGUGGUGUUGGAAGCAAUGGCGUUGGAAGCAAUGGCGUUGGAAGCAAUGGUGUUGGAAGCAAAGGUGUAGGCCGUUGUAGAUCUGAAAUGCAAGUAGGAUCUACAGCGGAGUCUGUUGAAGACAAUCCGUUUCACCUGGUUAGGUUUGUGUGUGACAUUCAACCAUGGUUGAACGAAGUUGACGCAGAUCGACUGCGACAGAUGGUGAUCAAGAAACAUCUCAUAACUGACAGCGCAUCAAUAGACAGACUAAAGAAAAUUCAGUCCCGGGAUGGACAAUCUGCUCAUAAUGAGGAGCUCAUCCAGUUGCUCAGAGCUGGUGGCCUAAAGACUUAUCGUGAUCUCGGUGUUGUCAUUGAGGAACUUGGGUAUGUGGACAGGAGCAAGGACAUGCUCUCCAUUUUGUCCCACACAGAAUUUUCUGACAAGGAGCAGGAUGACAUUGCUGACGGUGAUAACAAGAAGGAGUCUGACAGCAGAAAGAAGGCAAGAACACAAUCUGUUGUAACUGGACACAGCGGCGUAACUGGAGAUUGGUCUAUUUCAUCCGUGCCUUCUUCAACGUCCCCAGUAGUUGCAGCAACAAGUAGGGUUCAAGACUACUCACCACCACCAAAGUCCACUUCACCGCUGGCAGGAAACAGACAGGAAGACUCUUCGUCAUCUGUGUUUGAACCAGGAUCCCAGGCAUCAUCACCAGCUGCUGCUUCGACACCCGAGGCACAGGUACCAACCCAGGCAUCAUCUGGAGAAAAAUAUGCAGCAUUGCCAGCAGGAACACCUGACUUAUCAGCCAGACGUCCAGACGAAAAUGCCCGCAUUGGAUCGUCAUCAUCAUCAUCAUCAUCAAGACGUUACGCAUACGCACAGUCACACCAAGCUUACCCAAACCUCAUUGAUGGUGAAGUGCCAGCAGAUACGGUGAUGAGCGAUUACCCGUUGCUAUGGCAACAUUUGGAAGACUAUAUACCAGACGUAUUAGAUGCAUGGAUUGGACGGUCAACGUUGUGCAGAAAUCUCAAUAUUGCAUUUUAUUAUAAGGCCAUCAAGUCCAAGCACGGAGAGGUCAAGCCCAAGUGUGUAGAAGUCAUCGCGCUUAUUGAAGAAAAGUGCAAGAAGCUGGCAGUUACCUAUGGUGAUGUUGUGAAAUCGUUGAACGAAGUCGAGGCUUUUGACAACCUGUUCGCUUGGAAGACUAUAAUUCAGACCAAGUCGCAGCCCACCUUUCCCGAUGCUGGAAAGUCACUUUGAACUGAGUUCUCAGCCCCAUAUCCAGUGCUAUCCAGUGGGGAAAGUGCGGCCAACGUGCACUAUGCACAAAAUUAUUUAAUAGCAAAUAACACACCACACACUGUAAAUAAGUCAUUGCUUGUGACCUCGCAUGACGCAGCGGAGUCAUUGGCCACGUGCCAGUUGGUCUGACCUAUUUAAAACUUCCCCGGUCACUUUUGUCGCUGCAUCUGUGCUUCAAGUGCUUUUUGAGGUUGGUGGCAUGUUUAGAACAGUUACAGAAUGUCAGUCUGACCGUCUAUCAAGAGGACCGUGAAAAAGUAUAUUUUUUAAUUAAUUUUUUGCCUUUCAGCUCCAUCCAAAAUUUGUGAGAUAUUUUUAUUGAGAUUUAAAACAAUUUGAGUUUGAGUGAGGAGCUGGCCAAGAUAUUGGUUGAUUGAGGUACUUGAGCACGAGGUACUUGGAAGCUUAUCUUUAUACAUACAAUCAAUGGACUUGACUUGUUGAUUGUGCACCCAAGUGUUUGGGUGGACGACAACAAUAAUAUUAUCUUUAUUCAAAUCUUCGAAUUAUUUUGUUCAAGUUUUUUAAAACAACUCUGAGGCUGCUGAAGCACUGCCGGUUUUUAUUCCAUUUUCUUGACUGCUCGAAACCUAGGUAUUCUUCAUCAUGACACGAUGAUACUGAAACGACUUUGUAUACCUUUUA